AUGGCAACCGAACAAAAAACAUUUAACGUCUUGGUGACAAACAUUGACAAAAAUGUGACAGUGGAAACACUGACAUCAUUCUUCUCAUUCACGGGGAAGGUUGUUGAGGUUCGUCUUUCGAAGGUCGAUGAAGAGACACAACAAGCAAUAAUUGUCUUUGAUUCUGAAGAGUCUGUUAAGACGGCAGAACUUAUGACUGGUGCUCUUCUUGAGGCAAAGAGAAUAGAAAUUGCUCCAACGCAAUUGACUCAAUCCACUACCCACGACACAGUGUUUAGAGGAGACACUUUACCCGAGCGAAAAAUCCCCGACCUUCCUGCAGAACACACAAAAGCAUCUGUUGCAGCGUCACUCAUCGCACAGGGAUAUAUCUUGGCAAGUGAUUCCUUCCAAAAAGCAGUUCAAUUCGAUAAAGAUCACAACAUCUCAGACACCAUCAAAGCAAAGGCCGCCGCCGUCAAAAAUGCGGCAAUUAAUGUCGACGAACAAUACCACAUCACUGAAUACUUGGCGCUCGGAGCAACUAUGGCUGUUUCUUAUGCGUCUGGAAUCAAUGAAAAGUACAAAAUUACAGAAACUGUAUCGACCACUGCAAAAGAAAUUGACAACGCACUUGGCAUAUCAAAUGGAGUCGGAGCGGCGAAACAAGCAAUCGACAACGGAAUCUCUAAAGUAGUUCAGUCGGAGCCAGUCGUGAAAGCAAGAACUGCUGUUUCGUCAUCGAUCAACGAGUUUUCAAAUGAAGUUUCUCAAGAAGUUGGCGUCAGAAAGAAUUUGAAGGAUUUAGAAAAAAUUGAAUGUGAGAAGGAGCAGAACGAAACAAAAGAAGAGAAUGAUACAAAAGAAAUCGUCGUUGAAAAUCCACCGCAAUUCGAAACGACACCACUUGCCCCAGUCGAUGUUCCUCAACAACCAGUUCAAGAUCAGAUAGUCACCAUUCCUGACGAUGUUGACUCUCCUCACAACCUUCUUUAA